CCGGCAUUUUACUGCUCGGCUAUUAAAAAAGCAACAAAGAGGCUUCAGAGGUUCAUUCGUUCGUGUUCUAGUGCAGAAGUUCACAUCACUUGCUGCUGGUUUACGGUCCGCCUCGGCCGCCGUCAUGGAAACAGAGGAGCAGGCCAGGAACCGUUUCCAGUCGGAGCUCGAGUUCAUCCAGUGUCUGGCCAACCCCAACUACCUGAACUUUCUGGCUCAGAGAGGCUUCCUGAGGGAGAGGCCCUUCAUUAACUACCUGAAGUACCUCCUGUACUGGAAGGAGCCCGAGUACGCCAAGUUCCUCAAGUACCCUCACUGCCUGCACAUGCUGGAGCUGCUGCAGUACGAACACUUCCGGAAGGAGCUGGUGAACGCUCAGUGCACCAAGUUCAUUGACGAGCAGCAGCUGCUGCACUGGCAGCAUUACUCCAGGAAGCGCAGCCGGCUGCAGCAGGCGCUCGCCGAGCAGCAGCCGGCGCAGCAGCAGCAGCCGGUUGCCCACGGCAACGCAGCCGCCAAGUGAGGAGGUCACGGGAUGUUUGUACGUAAACAGUGCGCUGUGGUAUAAUAUGUUAUAUCAAUUUAUUAUAAUAUAUUAUUUCAUGAUAUAGUAUAAUGGAACAAAAUACAUUAUAAUGUAAUAUAAUAUGUAUUGUGAUUUAUUAUAUUAUGACAUUAUUUAAUAGUAUAUUCUGUUAUAGUAUAUUAUAUAAUAUGAUAUAAAAUAUUAUAUCCUAUCAUAGAGCCGCACUGAUCAGCUGGUGCUUCGUGUUUUUGGAUCCUGACAUUAAAUUAAUGAACAGCAGCUAGUUUGAAGUGAAUCAAUGAAUUCAAUCAUUUGGUGGACGACCUCUGACCUUUCAGAUCUGCUCAUGAAGGAAAAAUAAAAGACUAACUGACAACAAACACGAUUUAUUCAGAUAAAGAAAUGUUUCCUUUAUUUCUGCACAUUAAAAAAAAAUAAAGUGAGUUUGUAUUUACUACUUUCUUCCAUUAAAAAGUGACAUUGAUGAACUUUCCUGGGAUGUUUAUUGAUUAAUAAUAAGUUAACUACUAAGACAUGUUUCAGUUUUAUGAUCUUUUUUGUUGUAAAGAGUUUCUUUGAAUAAAAACAAAGCUGCAGAAUGUAAUGUUAGAUAAACUAUUACAGACAUUGUCUAGUAACUCCAA